AUGGAGGGUCUCUUCUUUAAUGUGGACAAUGGCUGCCGAUGGAUAUAUGUGUUAUCCCUUGAUGACAGUGAUCGUCAUGAUAGCUUGCGGUGUGCUACGGCUGACCAUGUAAAUACAGACGUCAAGCUCCAGCUUGGCCCAUCAUACGGCGAUUUUCUGGCUGCUCUUCCCCCGAAUCCCUCUACAUCUGCUCUAGCUGGUAAAGCCACAGAUAAACUUGUUGCUGAAUUCCGCUAUCUGCAGGCACAAGCCAGUGGCUCGACGGCCAAGUUUAUGGAAUACCUUACCUAUGGGUACAUGAUUGAUAACAUCGCACUUCUCAUCACCGGUACUCUUCACGAGCGAGACACCCGGGAGCUCCUGGACAGAUGCCACCCACUUGGCUUCUUUGAGACAAUGCCAGUUCUAUGCGUGGCAACCAAUAUCGAAGAAUUGUAUAACUCUGUCCUUAUCGAAACACCCUUAGCUCCAUACUUCAAGGGCAGCCUGAGCCAUCAGGAUCUGGAUGAACUAAACAUCGAAAUCAUCCGAAAUACUCUAUACAAGAAUUAUCUGGAGGACUUCUACCGGUUUAUCAACACUGACCCCGAGCUUAAAGACUCUCCUACCUCCCAAGUCAUGUGUGAAGCACUAGAGUUUGAGGCCGAUCGUCGGGCAAUCAACAUCACUCUCAACUCGUUCGGCACUGAACUCUCCAAAUCCGAGAGGAAAAAGCUAUACCCAGAGUUUGGCAAGUUGUAUCCCGAAGGCUCUUUGAUGCUUUCUCGCGCAGAUGACCUCGAGGGUGUCUCUCUCGCAGUGACAGUAGUUGCCGAUUACAAAGCCUUCUUUGACACUGUUGGUCUGAACCAGUCCGGGUCUGGCGCUGGAAGCGAAGGCAAGAGCUUGGAAGACCUUUUCUACCAGAGAGAGAUGGAAUUGUUGAAGCUGGCAUUCACUCGCCAGUUCACUCCGGCUAUAAUAUACGCCUGGGUCAAAUUGCGAGAACAGGAUAGGGAACUAUAUAAGCGUACUUUAAGUGUCCUUUGUUUCUUUGAGUUAUUUAUAUCUGAUAUUGCUGGAGUUUUUGAUAAUGCUGAUUCGGAGUAUAUCUCUUCCAUGUCGCCAUAA